AUUUUAUCAAUUUGCCAUUGUAAUUUUAUUCUACUUUAUUGUUGUUUAAUCACAGUGAGAACAUACAUGGAACAAAACAUUACUAUAUAGAUUCUUAUAGAUGUCGCCCACACCUUGGAAACUGUUCUAAAACAGAUGUGACUAAGUGAUGAUGAUGAUGAUGCACGGUCUCUUGUCGCGUCUCGUAUGCUUUUUUACAACGAAGUUUCUGUUGGAUGUUAGGAAGCUAGAAGUUGCGGUACGGUAGUCACUGACAUUGCUACUUGAACCAAGCGUGAUUUGAAAAAUAAAUCAUAUUAAUUAAAUUCCAGUUUUGAAUGGACGAGAGACCUCAUUCUUUGAGACUUCAGAUACAAUUAGUGGUUAAACACAAAUAAUCGAUCGUAGGCCUGUCUGUAAUUCGUGGCCUAACUUGCAUUCCGUUGCAUUCAACAUAUUAUGAGCGAGUAACUACUUUGAUAUGGCUUUGGGUCGUACUGAAACAUGGUUCUGGAGAAUUAUUGGCAUUUGCGCACUUGCCGUUUGUUCACUAAAUGUAAUGGUUUUGAUGAGAGGACAACCAAGAAGUAGCGACCAGUUGCUGUUAAACUAUCUCAAUAGCAAUGGACAUGGCAGGAUAGAUGGAGAAGGAAAAUUUUUUGAAGAAAAAAGCCAAAAUCAAAGCAACAAGAAAACUGUUCAAUCUCAACCAGUUAAGCUCCCUCCUCCUGUCAAAGUACAAAAUGACCGAAAGCCUGGACCACAGGAAGUACUGAACAGUGUCAAGAAACUGCCUUUUCUGGAUGUUAUGUCAGUGUUCAGAUUCAUGAAACCAUCAGAUGUGAUGCUUAUGGGCAGGCUAAGGUCUGAAAAAUCUUAUCUAGUUAUUGGGGUACCCACAGUCCAUCGAAAAAAGGCGUUCUACGUUAUAGACACAGUGCAGGGUCUCGUUAGCGGUUUAUCAAAGAAUGAGCAGUCUGAAGUUGUUAUUGUUGUUUUCGUCGCCGAUUUCGAUACAGCUUUUCGAAAUCGUGUCAAGGAAGAAAUGAGCCAGAGGUUCCCGGAGGAAGUACAAAAUGGCCUAAUACAGAUCAUCGUGGCACCACCUGCCUAUUACCCGUCAUUUAAUAAUUUGCCCCUGCUUUUUGGGGACUCGGCGUCUAGAGUCGCCUGGCGAUCCAAACAGUCUCUGGACUAUUCUUUUCUGUAUUUUCAUUGUGCAGAUAUAGGCCGUUAUUUUCUCCAGUUAGAAGAUGACGUACUAACAGAGGAUGGCUACUUGCGUCACAUAAAAAGCUUUAUAAAUUCCCGCACCGCUCCUUGGUCGACCCUAGAGUUUGGAGCACGUGGUUUUAUUGGUAUGAUGUACGACGCCAAGAACUUAAAGUCCCUUGCCAAGUACACUCGCAUGAAUUUCUUUUUGAUGCCGGUCGAUUGGCUUUUUCGUGUCUACAACGAUAUAUGGCUAUAUGGAAAUGAAAGGGGGAACAUUAGAAAGCCGCCCCUCUUCAAACACAUUGGAACGUUUUCAUCCUUAGACGGACAGGUCAGAAAACUUGAAGACAUUAAAGGUGGUGCUGUACUUGUGUCAAGCCCUAGGAUCUACAAAGAUGCUGACAACCCGGCCGCAAAUUUGGAGACAAGUAUAACCGAUUUUGUACCGAACUACCCAAUUCAGAAGGCAUACGCUAAAGGCAACUUCUGGGGAAAGAAAGUGUCCGUUGGCGAUUACGUUACUCUGACAUUCCAGUCUCCUAUAACUUUGAAACGAUUUGUUAUUGUGAGUGGCAGUCCGACAUACCCUUCAGAUUGUUUAGAGAGUGGCGAAGUUUUCGUGUCUUCCGCACCCAAUGGCGUUUGCGAUGUAUAUCGGACAGUUUUGAAGUUUGUAGGCAAAUCUGUUGUGGACACUGGCAAUUUGGACCUUGGACACCCAAUUAAAUGCCUAAAACUCAUUUUAGAUUCUGUUAGACAUGAUGAUCAUGGUAGGCCUAGAUGGCUAGUUAUAAGGGAGAUAGAUGUAUGGUCGAAGUAAUAAUAAAUUCCUUAGAACUGAUUUUCUAAUUAUACAUUUCCAGUUGCUAUAAACAUAUCCCAAUUUACUCUCAUAGUCAUUGAUAAUCUUUAAACAUUUGGACCCUGUUUGGUAAUAGCUGACAUUGGCUACUGAGGUGUCAAAUGAAUUUUUAUAUCUUUGCUUAUUGAAUAUUCUAUGUUACUUGAUAUGUCCUGCAUAAAAUAUGCACGCAGAUAACAGUUGUCGUUGUAUCAAGUAGUCAGUUGGGGCUUAAAGUUAUAUUUAUAUCUUAUCAGUAAAUUGACUUCGUAACAGCACCCUAAGCUUACUCUGAAUAGGAAAUCUAUCUACCCUUUCCUAUUAAGUGUACUGCUAUUAGCAGGUGACAUUUGGCCCCUUUUUAUCAGCUUGACCUGAGUGAAAAUACGUUACUUUUCCACCUAUUUUGGUUUUCGCUUCUAUCAGAUGUGCCUAAUGCCCGUCUAAGAAAUAGGUUAGGAGAAUAAUUUUGCAUAGAAAGCCUCACAGAUUGCUUGAAAAACUAUUAGGUUGCCCGAGUACAUCGGAGGGACAAUAAUGCCACAGAUGUUUAUCAUUCUGUCCAUAGAAGUGAUUUUCGUUUCUUGCUGUUAUUUGUAGCAAUAAUUAUGCUUCAUGUUUUGAUAAAAAUUUCACUAAGAAUAAUUUUAUUUAUCAAGCACGUAUUGUAUUAACUUUCAUCAAAAGUAUUAAUAAUAAUAAUUGUUGUGGCCUUUGUGGGUUAUAAGUAACAUGUGGGGCAGUUUCUACUAAGUGCAUCGAGUCUGCAGCUAACUUGUUGCUCACAAAGUACACUCUUGAUAGUUUUUUUUGUUGAUGAAUCGCUCAUUCUUCGACCCAUUUUUUAUAUAAGAAAAAUGCUAUAAAAAUGAUUACAGUGCAUUCCUAUGAAAAUAAGAAACUUUAGUACUCAAAGCAAAAUUAAGAAACAAAAGAAAUUUAAGACACAGAUAACGGAUAUUUUUCCAAAAUUCAACAAAUUCUUUACAGCUCAUUUCAUUUCGCCUUAUGUCUUUAUCUUCCGUUGUGAGAUAAAAUGUUGAAAUAUGACAUUAAACUUUUUCCCAGCAUGAAAAAUUGCAUACAGAAUCCCACAGGUUAAAAUUAGUGACAUGAAAAUUAAGAAGCUCGUAUGAAACAAUGAGGUGUGAGCAUUAAGAAACUGACACAAUGCGUACCUUUAUUCUUAUAAGGAUGAGUGUAUUACUGUAAAAUUGCCUACUGAAAAAAUUGUGAGGCCAUAGGGUUUGAGUAUAAAGGAGGCUGUGUUGAGCAUUCAAAGUCUAUAGAAAGCAGCUUUCUGGUCAAUGAAAUUGAAAAUUUGCUGAAUGCUAUUGCAAGAUUAUAUGUCUUUUGGCAAGUGACUGAUGCAAGAAUACUGUUAUGCUCAAUGGAAAAUGGAAAAAUCAUAUAAAAUCGUAGACCAGUUAUAAUCACUGCCAUUUUAUCUUUAACUUGGCAGCAACAAUGAUUCUAAAACCCUUUCAAGAAAUUGCCUCGGAAGGGUAAUUGAAGUUUGUGACGUAACAGUAGCUUAGAAAGCUUAGACAGACCCACGUGUAAUGUUUUUGAGGCAAUGUUAUUUAAUUGUUUAAAGCGGAAUUCUCGUUGUUUGUAGUGAUCAUAAUUCUGUCUUAAAGAGUGAUUACUAAUUGGAUUUUAAAGAUUUUUCUUCGAAUACAAGCACAGUAAUUAUGA